UCAAAAGUUCUCGGGAUCUGUCACUCCUGCACUUGUGGAUUUGGUGUCUGGUCAGGUGACGAGAGCCAUGCAGUUAGUCCUGAAGGACAGUCUGGUGAACUACCUAGUGAACGUGGUCCACAAGCACCUGUUUGCUACCAUCACCAACUGCAUGAAGAGAAAUGACUCAAAUCUGAACAAGAAGAACCCUAACUUGGUGGAGACACGUCUAGUACACCUGCAUAUGCGCGCACGAGUACGAGGAGAAUUUGCCGGGCUCACGGAAAGAGCUGUCCAAGCUGAACGACUUCAGUACGCCUCUCGAGCGUCUACAGUGCUUCAAACAUGUCGUGACGCUUCGUACGAGGCCUGUGGAAGCUGCAAAAAGUGAUGACAAACGGUUGCCUUGCCGAUGCCUCCGAUGUCCUGGGCCUCACUCCACUGCAUAUGGCGGCAUUGAAGGGACAUCAAAACAUCAUUUGUGUGAAAGCCAUUCUGUUCUAGGAAGCCUAAGGAGUUGUGUUGAUGUAAACGCGGGCAAUGAUAUGGGAGAGACUCCACUGCACUUGGCUGCUAAGUGGGGAUAUGAGUAAGGAGUACAAUGGAUUCCUGUAUGAUGAAAUGCAGGGCGUUGCCCUAGUAAGCUCUACCCUCCUGGCUAUAUACAAGAAACAGAAACCCUUCGCUAGACGACCCUGCAUUGCUACGUUCAAGAUCAGCGGUUUUGACUGCGCACUGGUAAGUGUACAUCUGAAGGCAACCGGUCUGGAGAAUGAGGACAUCGGUCGACUGCAGGCAGAGAUUGACAAUAUCCCCAACCUUAUAGAGGCCAUUAAGACUGCUCUGCCAGGGGAAAAUGAUAUUAUACUGCUUGGUGACUUUGACCUGUCUCCAGAUACCAAAGAUUUUGACGAUCUUCGAAAUCAAGGCUAUCACAAUUGUAUUGCCGACGGUGUCUUCACAAACAUAAGCGACGCCAACAAAAAAGGCAGCAAGACAUACGAUAACAUCUGGAUAUCUAAACAGACAAAACAAGUGUUCACUGGUCAAUGUGACGUCGUGAGAGAGGGACUGUCCAGUCCCUGGAUCCCCAAGGGCUGGACGUGGGGCGGGGUCGUGAGUGACCACUGUCCAGUGUGGGCCCAGUUCUACACGGGCCUUGACCUUGACACUGGAGACUUGAAGAUCGGACCAGAGGCCAUUAAAUUUGCACUGACUGACUGAUGUUUAGUAAAAGAUUACAAUAUUACAUGUUUGACUCUGGUAUGACAGACAUCACUAGUAGCAAUUGAUAAUGCAGUUCUUUAAACAAUAAAUAGUGACAAUAUUCCACACUUUUCAUUAUGUUAUUGCCAUGAAAAUCCCCAUUUAAACUACUUUGAAAUGGAAGCCCAUAAUAAACUAAUAAGACACAAUUAACCAGCGCUUGAACAUAUUUGUGUGCUAAUAUUAGAAAUAUUCUCUUGGUUAAAUGUUUCCAAUUUAUGUAGCAAAUUUGUUCCACAUGUUAUGGUACGUGAAGUUUUGAGAUGUUGAUGUUAUUUAUGUUAAGUUUGAUGUGUGCUGCGUGGAUGCAGUAGCGUGUAUCCCCGUACACAUCUUCGAUGUUGUUAUAAUUUCAGCCUUCAGAGGCUGGUAGCGGUAUUGUUAUUAUGCCCCCCUUCGAAGAGGAGGGGGUAUAUUGCUUUGCUCAUGUCGGUCGGUCUGUCUGUUCGUCCACCAGGUGGUUUCCGGAUGAUAACUCAAGAACGCUUGGGCCUUGGAUCAUGAAACUUUAUAGGUACAUUGGUCAUGACUCGCAGAUGACCCCUAUUGAUUUUGAGGUCACUAGGUCAAAGGUCAAGGUCACGGUGACCCGCAAAUAGUAAAAUGGUUUCCGGAUGAUAACUCAAGAACGCUUAGGCCUAGGAUCAUGAAACUUGAUAGGUAGAUUGAUCAUGACUCGCAGAUGACCCCUAUUGAUUUUCAGGUCACUAGGUCAAACAUCAAGGUCACAGUGACCCAAAAUAGUAAAAUGGUUUCCGGAUGAUAAUUCAAGAACGCUUAGGCCUAGGAUCAUGAAACUUGAUAGGUAGAUUGAUCAUGACUUGCAGAUGACCCCUAUUGAUAUUUAGGUCACUAGGUCAAAGGUCAAGGUCACAGUGACAUGAAAUAGUAAAAUGGUUUCCGGAUGAUAACUCAAGAACGCUUAUGCCUAGGAUCAUGAAACUUCAUAGGUAGAUUGAUGAUGGCUGGCAGAUGACCCCUCUUGAUUUUCAGGUCAAAGGUCACGGUCACAGUGACCGAAAAUAGUAAAAUGCUUUCCGGAUGAUAACUACAGAACGCUUAUGCCUAGGAUCAUGAAACUUCAUAGGUACAUUGAUCAUGACUCGCAGAUGACCUCUAUUGAUUUUCAGGUCACUAGGUCAAAGGUCAAGGUCACGGUGACCCGCAAUAGUAAAAUGGUUAGCGGAUGAUAACUCAAGAACGCUUAGGCCUAGGAUCAUGAAACUUUAUAGGUAGAUUGAUCAUGACUCGCAGAUGACCCCUAUUGAUUUUCAGGUCACUAGGUCAAAGGUCAAGGUCACAGUGUUCCAAAAUAUUAAAAUGGUUUCCGGAUGAUAAUUCAAGAACGCUUAGGCCUAGGAUCAUGAAACUUGAUAGGUAGAUUGAUCAUGACUCACAGAUGACCCCUAUUGAUUUUCAAGUCACUAGGUCAAAGGUCAAGGUCACAGUGACAUGAAAUAGUAAAAUGGAUUCCGGAUGAUAACUCAAGAACGCUUAUGCCUAGGAUCAUGAUACUUCGUAGGUAGAUUGAUAAUGGCUGGCAGAUGACUCCUAUUGAUUUUCAGGUCACUAGGUCAAAGGUCAAGGUCACGGUGACCCGAAAUAGUAAAAUGGUUUCCGGAUGAUAACUCAAGAACACUUAUGCCUAGGAUCAUGAAACUUCAUAGGUACAUUGACCAUGACUCGCAGAUGACCCCUAUUGAUUUUCAGGUCACAAGGUCAAAGGUCAAGGUCACAGUGACCCGCAAUAGUAAAAUGGUUUACGGAUGAUAACUCAAGAACGCUUAUGCCUAGGAUCAUGAAACUUGAUAGGUACAUUGAUCAUGACUCGCAGUUGACCCCUAUUGAUUUUCAAGUCACUAGGUCAAAGGUCAAGGUCAUGGUGACCUUAAAUAGUAAAAUGGUUUCCGGAUGAUAACUUAAGAACGCUAAUGGCUACGAUAAUAACACUUCAAAGGUACAUUGAUCAUGACUCGCAGAUGACCCCUAUUGAUUUUGAGGUCACUAGGUCAAAGGUGAAGGUCAUGGUGACCUGAAAUAGUAAAAUGGUUUCCGGAUGAUAACUCAAGAGCGCUUAUGCCUAGGAUCAUGAAACUUCAUAGGUACAUUGAUCAUGACUCGCAGAUGACCCCUAUCCAUUUUGAGGUCACUAGGUCAUAGGUCAAGUUCACGGUGACCCGAAAUAGUAAAAUGGUUUCCGGAUGAUAACUGAAGAACGCUUAUUCCUAGGAUCAUGAAACUUGAUAGGUAGAUUGAUCAUGACUCGCAGAUGACCCCUAUUGAUUUUGAGGUCACUAGGUCAAAGGUCAAUGUCACGAUGACCCAAAAUAGUAAAAUGGUUUCUGGAUGAGAACUCAAGAACACUUAUGGCUAGGAUCAUGAAACUUCAUAGGUACAUUGAUCAUGAUUGGCAGAUGACCCCUAUAGAUUUUCAAGUCACUAGGUCAAAGGUCAAGGUCACAGUGACAAAAAACAUAUUCACACAAUGGCUGUCACUACAACGGAGAGCCCAUAUGGGGGACAUGCAUGUUUUACAAACAGCCCUUGUUUUUACAUCUUUUUUAGAAACCUUGUUUUCGUAUAUAAUAAGAAUACAAUACUGCUCCAGCAGCUGGAGUUUCACUUCUUUAUAUUGAAAUGAACAACAGUUUGAUGUGUGCUGCGUGGAUGCAGUAGCGUAUAUCCCCGUACACAUCUUCGAUGUUGUUAUGUUUUCAGCCUUCAGAGGCUGGUAGCGGUAUUGUUAUUUUUAUUAUUUUUAGACACCUUGUUUUCCUAUAUAAUAGGAAUUCAAUACUGCUCCAGCAGCUGGAGUUUCACUUCUUUAUAUUGAAUUGAACAACAGUUUGAUGUGUGCUGCGAGGAUGCAGUAGCGUGUAUCCCCGUACACUUCUGUGAUGUUGUUAUAUUUUUAGCCUUCAGAGGCUGGUAGCGGUAUUGUCUUUUUAUUAUUUUUAGAAACUUUGUUUUCGUAUAUAAUAGAAAUUCAAUACUGCCCCAGCAGCUGGAGUUUCACUUCUUUAUAUUGAUGUACUGCUGAUUUCACAUUAGGUGUACCGUUCUUGGGAUGAGGAAAAUAGUGAAUGCCACUUUUGUUUUCAAGUAGUUUGUGUGUUCCUUGUUAUAGUAAAACGCUCUAUUCACAACAUAUGAACCAAUAAACCAUCUUUUAUUACUUACACAUGAAUGUCUUCCGGUAAUUAUACUUAUAAUAGUUGUAGGUUUUGCUUGUUAGAACUAUUUUGUAUAAUUGUUAUUUAAAUAUAGCUAACAAUACCAUUUAGAUUUGUUUAAUAUGUUUGAAUACACAAAGCAAAUUAUAUUUAUUAUAUUACCACAAUUUGAUAAAGUUUUGAUGUUUUCACUUUGAUAUAGUAUUUCUGCCGAAUUUCACCAGUUUGUAUGAUUAUUUGCUUAAUUUCAAAAAAUUUCAUUAAAUCGAAACCAUCAUCAUUUCGUCAUCAUCAUCAGCUUCAUCAUCAUCACCACCACCAUCAUCACCACCACUUCCACCACAAUCAUCAUCUUUAUCAUAUCUUCGUUGUCGUUGUACUCAUCGUCGACGCCGUUUUCGUCGGCGUCGGCUAAAUCAUCAUCGGUAGCAGAAGCACAAACACAGCAGCAACAACAACAGCAAUAUCAUCAACAUCUUUCAGCAUCGUCAGUAAAACAUCAACUUAAUCAUGCUAAAAGUCAUUAUUGUUUAUAACAAAGUCAACGCCAACAGUGUUAAUUUUAUUUGUAUUUCAACCAUGACAACGCUUAUUUUACAAUCAAUUAAAAAGCAACACACGUUCAAUCAUUGAGUAAUCCGAAACUACCGCAACUGGUUAAUAAUAAGACAUAUACAUUUAUAUAAUUACAUUAUUUUAGAACAUAGAACUACAUACAAAUGCAUGUAGUUGUGCAUUAUAAAACUAUUUUUUUAUUGUUACAUCUAAAAACAAUACUCUAUCAUUAUCAAUGUUUAAAGGGUUCUAUUUUUGGAAACGAUCAACAUGACAGGUACUAUGCAUAACAUGCAAAUAAAAACCUAUUAAUAUGAUACAGUUGAACAUAUCAAGCGGUUAGAAUUAUAUUUUUAAAAA